CCUGCGACAGUGAGAUUGUUUUCUCCAGUCAUGUGGAUUUUUCUGCCAAUAUAUAAAAGAUUGGUCUAUGCUUUUCUGCUGUCCGUGGUGGUUCCAGUGCGAGCCCCUCAUUUUUACACAACACAGCAGUGUAUCCCUCGAUCUCAUUUCCGUCAGGGGCGGAUGAUUUGGGGUGCGAUGCGCAAAUUAGGGAAUACCGGUCCCCUGACUUGCAUCAGAGAGUGCCUCUUACGGAGAAGUUGUGUCUCCAUCAGUUACAAUACAGAGGGGUCAUGUCUCCUACAGUAUGCCAGGGCUAGCCUUAGUAAUCCAUUGUAUGGAUCCGACAAUGCAUGGCAGUACACAGAGAAGCCAGACAUGUAUGCAAUGGUCAAUACAUACCCAUGCAAUGAUGCAGUUUGUGGAGAAAAUGAAAGAUGCGAAGUGUUAAAUGACAAAUCUGUUUUCUGCAGUAUAACUGAAUGCACGAAACCUCCUGAAGGCAUUUUUCGUUCUUGGAGAACAUACGCCAGUACCACCAGGGCUGUGGGAGAUGUCAGAGAGUACAGUUGCAGACAUGGGACAUUUCUAAACGUAGCCACUUAUACUUGUAAACAGGAUGGUUCGUGGGGAAUAACAGAUAUAUUGCCACAAAAUAUUAAUGAAUGUAAUAAAAGAGAAUGUCAGAAAAAUGAAGAUUUUUUGUACAUCAAAGAAACAAAUGGCUGCUACAGGUUUUUCAAUGAAAGUAAAAACCACAGCCAAGCAGAAGAAUACUGCAGAUCAUCAUUCAGACACGGGCACCUGUUUCUGGCUGAUUCCUCCGAGAAAAUUGACGCUCUUAAAUACAUGAUGUCAUAUCAUAAAACGGCAUUUAGUAUAAGGUCAAUAAAAUAUGCGGAGAAUAUGAGCAGUAUUCAAGAUCAAAAGUCCAUAAAACAAUAUCAAUCAGGUGCUGAGAAAACACAGACAUCAGAGGUGGGAUCAGGUGCAAUGGAGUAG